CAAAUAACCAUAGUCAUAAUAGCAGGUUUAUUUAUUUAUUUAUUUAAACCCCAUGACCCGCGGCCGCCUUUCCAUUCAUCAUGCUGGCGUUUGGCGCCUGAGACUCCUUUGUGAGAGAAAAAAAAGCAAUCACAUGACCCCCGUUUGAAGACGAGGAAAACUGGAAGACCGAAGGGACUGCGUUGUUUCCCGUUUUGGUGGGUCAGCUUUCUGGACGGUGGCAGAGGUGGCGGCUUCUGCAGACGUCGCCAAGCCCACCUUCCACUACGGUGGGCUGCUGUAGGACGCGGUUUGCAUUUUAUUUCGUUUUUGCCACAUCCGGGGCGCAGAAAGCGUCACGUUUCUCUUCGUCUGCGACUUAGCAUUGAAUGUGUAGGAAUAUGCUCAUGAAGGAGUACCGGAUCUGUAUGCCUUUGACAGUUGAAGAGUACAGAAUUGGACAGCUUUACAUGAUCAGUAAACAUAGCCAUGAGCAGAGUGAUCGUGGAGAAGGUGUAGAAGUGGUGCAGAAUGAGCCUUAUGAAGAUCCAAAUUAUGGGAAUGGUCAGCUGACGGAAAAACGAGUUUAUCUGAACAGCAAACUUCCAAGCUGGGCGAGAGCUGUUGUUCCCAAAAUAUUUUAUAUAACCGAGAAAGCCUGGAAUUACUAUCCUUACACAAUUACAGAAUACACGUGUUCAUUUUUACCCAAAUUCUCCAUUCACAUAGAGACAAAAUAUGAAGACAACAAGGGAAGCAAUGACAAUAUAUUUGAUAAUGAAGCCAAAGAUCUUGACAGAGAAGUCUGCUUUAUUGAUAUUGCCUGCGAUGAAAUUCCUGAGCGCUAUUACAAAGAGUCUGAGGAUCCUAAAUAUUUCAAAUCAGAGAAGACUGGGAGAGGCCUAUUAAAAGAAGACUGGAGAGAGACCCAGCAGCCUAUCAUGUGUUCCUACAAGUUGGUGUCUGUGAAAUUUGAAGUAUGGGGACUUCAAACUCGAGUAGAACAGUUUGUUCAUAAGGUAGUCAGAGAUAUAUUGCUGAUUGGUCACCGACAGGCUUUUGCAUGGGUUGAUGAGUGGUACGAUAUGACUAUGGAGGAAGUUCGAGAAUAUGAGAGAAAUAUGCAUGAAAAAACCAACAUUAAAGUUUGCAGUCAACAUUCAUCUACUGUGAAUGAAAUAGAGAGUCAUGCCCAAGGAAGUACAUGACUAUGGAUGAAGUCCGAGAGUUUGAACGAGCAACUCAGGAAGCCACCAACAAGAAAAUUGGGAUCUUCCCUCCUGCCAUAUCAAUCUCUAAUGUCUCCCUCCCUUCUUCAGUCCGCAGUGCU